AUGGCUAGUGUCCCAGUUCUCUGCCAUUAUCGAUUAGAGUUGCCGUCGCGAAUAGAAACAGAUGCCUCAGAUGGUGUGAUUGCUGCAGUUUUCUCCCAACUGCAAGAAGAUGGGCAAUGGCACCCUGUGGCAUAUUUCUCCAGAACGAUGACCAGCGCAGAGUUCAAGUAUAAUAUCCACGACAAGGAGAUGCUUGCAAUAGUAGCUGCGCUCAAAGAAUGGCGCGCAGAGCUAGUUGGGCUCCAGAGGGAAGAACGUUUUGAGAUCUUGUUGGAUCAUCUAGCUCUACAAUACUUCAUGACGACGAAGCAGCUGACAGGAAGACAAGCGCGCUGGUGUGAGUUGUUACAUCAGUAUUACUUUAUCAUUAAGCACCGCCCUGGAAAGGAGAAUACCCUUGCAGAUGUACUUACUCGAAGAGAAGGCUCAAAGGUGAAUUGUAAAGGACAAAGGGCCCAAUUAAUGCUACCGAAAGAGUGCUUAGGUCCGUCAGAGAUCUGUGAGACUCCCGGUGGAAUUUCAAAUCCAGUAGAGGAGUCCUCGAACCCUGAGAUUAGUGAAGUCGAGCUUAGUCCAGCGGAACACCAAGAGGACGUGGUCGCUCGUGUCAUAAGCGCGAACCUCAAGGACGUAGAGUGUGAGGAUCUUCGUGAGUUAGCAAGAAAGGGAGAUGACGACUGGACGUUGGUAAACGACGUGCUCCGAUUCAGAGGACGAGUGUACGUGCCAGAGGAUGACGACCUACGGGCUAGAUUGCUAGAUGAGAUUCACCGACAGCCCUCGACAGCGCACCCUGGAAAGAAUAAGAUGAAGAUCUUAGUGCGCGAGCGUUAUUACUGGAAGACCUGGAGCAAGAAUGUGGAGAGGACGAACACGAGGAGGGAUUUACCCCCGGGAUUGUUGCAACCAUUACCAAUUCCUGCACGGCCUUGGCAAUACAUCUCUAUGGACUUCAUGACUUAUCCUGUCGACAAGGGGGGAUACGACACUGUCUUUGUGAUUGUUGAUCGUUUUAGUAAAAUACCCAUAUCAGUACCAUGCCACAAGAAUAUCGAUGCACAAGGUCUAGCAAGGUUAUGGGUGAAGCAUACUUAUCCCCGAACCGGACCGCCUGACUCCAUCGUUUCGGACCGAGGACCUCAAUUUGUAUCGGAAUUUUGGGGGGAAGUCUGUCGAAUCUUGGGAAUUAAGGUAGUACUAUCAAUGGCGGAUCAUGCACAAACGGAUGGCCAGACCAAAAUAGCAAACCAAUACUUAUCACAGAGGUUACAGCUAUUUAUGAAUCAUUUUCAAGAUGACUGGUCAGAAUAG